CAGGGGCGGACUGACCAUUCAGAAACUCGGGCUCUGCCUGAGGGCCCGGGUCAGUAAGGGGCCCCAUGAGAUGCCCCUGAUACCUUUCAUAUGCUUUUUUGGGUGUGGUUUGAGUGUGGACGAGGACACAGGGGCCCCAUGAUCCCCUAUUGCCUGGGGGCCCCAUGAGUUGUCAGUCCGCCCCUGGGUACUGCCUAUCAGUGCCCUUUAGUGCUGCCUAUCAGUGCCCAUCAGUGCCGCCUAUCAGUGCCCAUCAGUGCUGUCUCAUCAACGCACAU